AAGCAGCUAGUUGAUGACGCACAAAAGCGUUUAAAAAAAAUGAAAAAGAAAAAAAUGCUGUGGCGAUAUAUUAUCCUUUCUCCAAAACCAUCAUCUCGACACCAUGGGCAUGAAAAUUGACGUCAAGCGCAAGUUACUUUCUCGAUCAGCAAGAGUAAAAAGUGUCGACAUUCAUCCUACAGAACCAUGGUUAUUGUCUAGUUUAUACAGUGGACACGUCAAUAUUUACAAUUACGAAACUCAGCAACUAGUAAAGACAUUUGAAGUAUCUGAUUCACCAGUUCGAGCCGCCCGAUUCAUUGCCCGAAAGAAUUGGAUCGUGACAGGUUCAGACGAUGCACAAAUUCGAAUUUUUAAUUACAAUACACAUGAAAAGGUUACCAGCUUUGAGGGUCACCCAGAUUAUAUUCGUAACUUGGCUGUGCAUCCUACAAAGCCCUUUGUCUUGUCAUGCUCCGAUGAUAUGACUAUCCGUUUAUGGGAUUGGGAAAAGGCUUGGAAAUGCGUUCAGGUCUUUCAGGGCCAUGACCAUUUUGUUAUGCAUAUCGCCUUCAACCCAAAGGAUACCAACACCUUUGCUUCGGCAAGUUUAGAUGGCACAAUUCGUAUUUGGUCGCUAGGUUCAAGCCGAUCCAACUUUAUCCUCGAGGGUCAUGAACGUGGUGUCAAUUUUGUGGAUUAUUAUCAUGGCGGUGAUAAACCUUACCUCGUCUCUUGUGCCGAUGACCAUACUGUUAGAGUAUGGGAUUAUCAAAACAAAAACUGUGUACAAACACUUACCGGUCACCGUCAAAAUGUUAAUUUCGCAGUAUUCCAUCCCGAGUUACCCAUCAUAUUAUCUGGAUCAGAAGAUGGAUCUGUGCGUUUAUGGAAUUCAGAUACCUAUCGUUUAGAAAACACCUUGGAUUACGGAUUAGAGCGUGCCUGGUGUAUCGCUUGCCAAAAGAACGGUAAUGGUAUUGCGCUUGGUUACGAUGAAGGCUCCGUCGUGAUCAGAUUGGGUCGUGAAGAACCCGUCGUUUCUAUGGACGCUUCUGGUAAAAUUAUUUGGGCCAAGAAUAUGGAAAUUCAAACAGCCAACGUCAAGACCGGUAUUGAUGAUGAUAUCAAGGAUGGUGAACGAUUAGCUUUACCUAUCAAGGAUUUGGGAAGUUGUGAGGUAUACCCUCAAACAUUGAAGCAUUCACCCAAUGGCCGAUUCGUAUCCGUAUGCGGUGAUGGUGAGUUCAUCAUCUAUACCGCUUUGGCUUGGAGAAACAAGACAUUCGGAAGUGGGCUGGAAUGUGUCUGGGCGACUGACUCAAAUACAUAUGCUGUACGUGAAUCUACAAGCCGUGUCAAGGUCUUUAAAAAUUUCAAGGAAAGAGCGGCAUUCUUACCCAAACUCGCUUAUGCUGCUGAAGGCAUCUAUGGCGGAGGUUUACUUGGUGUAAGAUCAGAUACUUUUUUGAAUUUUUAUGAUUGGGAAACUGGCGUACUUGUUCGACGUAUUGAUGUGGAAUGCAAAGAUGUUAUUUGGUCGGAUGCGGGUGAUCUCAUUACGAUUGUGUGCGAUGACUCUUUUUAUGUCCUAAGAUAUAAUCACAUUGCCUAUACUCAAUUUUUGGAAAACGGAGGAAACACAGGAGAAGAAGGCGUAGAAGAAGCCUUUGAAUUUGUCACCGAGGUGUCCGAAAGUGUUAAAACAGGUUCUUGGGCUGGCGAUUGUUUUAUUUACACCAACGGAUCUAAUCGAUUGAACUAUCUUGUUGGUAGUCAAGUAUAUACCAUUAGUCAUUCAGACAAACAAAUGUAUUUAUUGGGAUAUUCUCCAAGAGAGAGCAGAAUUUAUCUUGCUGAUAGAGAUGUCAAUGUUUCCAGUUAUUCGUUAUCGUUGUCAGUGAUUCAAUACCAAACUGCAGUCUUACGCGGUGAUCUUGAAGAAGCUCACAGCCUGAUUGAGAGUAUCCCCGCAUCCCAAUUAGGUCGCAUUGCGCGUUUCCUUGAAUCUCAAAAUUUAAAAGAACUUGCUCUCGACGUAACCACUGACGAGGACCAACGGUUCGAUUUGUCUAUUCAACUAGGAAAGUUAGAGCUGGCUACAGAGAUUGCAGAAAAGACCAAUAGCGUGGCUAAAUGGAGAGUGUUGGGAGAUCGUGCCACAGCCGACUUUAAAUUUAAAUUGGCAGAAACCUGCUUAAUCAAGUCGGAUGAUUUAAAUGGAUUAUUAUUAUUUUAUAUCUCUUCUGGGAAUCAAAAGGGCCUUCGUUAUGUUGCAGACAAAUCAAUUCAAGAAGGAAAACACAAUAUAGCAUUUUCUGCAUUGAUGAGUUUACAAGCAGUGAAUGAAAUUUUAGACUUGUUAAUUAAAACCGAGAGACUUCCUGAAGCUGCCUUAUUUGCUAGAACGUAUUGCCCUGACAGCAUUUCUGAUGUGGUUCAAUUAUGGAAAGCAGAGCUGAAUACCAAAGGCAAGACCAAGGUGGCAGAGAGUUUAGCGGAUCCAGCACAAUAUGCAAAUUUAUUUCCUGAAUUAUCAUCAGCUCAACAAGUAGCUGCUACAGGUAAAAAAAAAAAAAGAGAAAAAAGAAGAAAGAAAGCGAACCUUUAUACUAACUAAAACGUUAGCGGAUGAUUUAGUAUCACUUUAAAUUUUUUCAAAAUGUAAACUCUUUUUUUUAACCCUAUUUUUUAUAAACAUGACAAUUAAUAUUAAUAAAAAAAAUCUUGAUGAUUUAAAGAGACCACUUGAUACUUUUAUACGACUAACAUAAUCUUGAUAUACACUAUUUUUUUAAAUUAUUCGUGCAGAGCAAGGAGGAAAUUCGUUCAAGUUCACAAAAAAGAAUAAAAGGAAAAUUAGUUUGAUAAUAAUUGAACGAAAUAAACGAAAAUAAAAUAUUUUUAUAAUCCAUUUAAGAUGUUGUAUCUGGAUUCAAAUUACCUUAAUAAACUAAACUAAGAAAAAGUCAAGUAAGUCAGAAAAAGUCAAGUAAGAAAAAGUCAAGUCAGAAAAAGUCAAGUAAGAAAAAGUCAAGUAAGAAAAAGUCAAGUAAG